CACUGCCGCGUCCAGUACUUCUCAUCGUCAUCAAAGACGCGUCUGUCUUCGCUCAGUGCUUCUAGCGCGCCAGAUAGAGGGAGAGUGAGUAAUCCACGGGCAUUUAUUUUUAGAAGCGCUGCUCUCCGUCACUACGCACUUCAUUUGUAGGCUCCUACAACACAAUCCAUGUUCUUCUGGUCAAUCAUUUAAAUGCUGUUUGGUAUGAUGGAUUGGAUCACAACGCCCGAGCGCACAGCGUAAAGAUGCGCAGGGAUAUUCCAUAAGGGCGAUGUUUCAAGCUAUAUCCAGAAUUUGGAGAUGCCCACCUUUGCCAAGGAGGAAGCACCACUGCUUACAAGGAUCCCAUCCAGAGGAGCCAUGUGUCCUGAUCCCAGGCUGCAUGGUCUCGGAAUACCAGGAAAAGUAUCCUGCCUACUGCAACACUGUCGUCCGGGCAGCCAAGAAGCCGAAGAAUGAGUACCAGCCAAUGGAAGGAAAGAUAUCCAACAUGACCACUUUCAGGUCAGACUACGUGGCCCAUGAAGUGACCCAGAGGCCACCAAAGGUCACCAAGUUGUAUGUGCCACCUGACGGGAGAAUGAGACACAGCAGCACCUAUGUCAGGGACUACCCAACUCACCCUGUUCAGAAGCACAUCGUCACCAAGGCAGAGGAGUACCAUCCGCCCACAGCAAAGAUGGUUGCCCAGUCUUUAUACAAAGAGGAUUUUCGAGCAUGGCACACCCAGAAAGUCCAACCCUACAGGACGUGUGACACCCUGAAGUUGAACGACAGCAAAUUUGAGGUGUCCACCACCUAUCAAGACGACUACUGCCAUAAGGGCCCAGCCCAGGCCAGGGAGAGCUUCAAACCAGCCCCCGACACCCCAGAGACCCUGCCCUUCGACGGCGCCACCAACUACCAGACGCAGUAUGUGUCCCACCCGGUCCAGCCCAGGCAGCCCAAGGAGAAGGCUGUCUACUGGCCCACCAGCGCCCCCCUUAAUGGGGUCUCCACCUACAGGCAGGACUACCGGGGCCUGCCGGCCAAGCCCGUCAAGCCCUUCAGGGCCAAGGUGGCUUGGGAGAGCAGCCCGGCAAUCUUCCAGGGGACCAGCGAGUUCCGUGAUCAGUACAAGGCCUGGCCCCUGCAGCCCAAGCACCGGCACCAGGCUGACGAGUACUGCCCACCUGAGGGCACUAUGGUCGGUCUGUCCACAGCUCACGCUGACUAUGUCGGCCACGAGUGCCAGCAGCGACCCCAGUCCGCCCGCCCCCCGGUCGAGGCAUGGACAAAGGAGGCCAGGGAACCCCUCCAGACCAGGUCCACCAUGAAGGAGGACUACCGUGCCUGGGACAUGGUGCGUCCCUCCCCCACGUUACACGCAGAUGAGCUAGAGAAACCCAAGGGGGCUUUCGCCAAGACCACCAACUUCCGCUCAGCAUACGCACCCAAGACGGCUCAGCGCGCCGCUAGCUUCAAGCCCACCCAGACACUGCUGAGCCCCCAGGCUAUGGAUGAAGACUCUGUCUAUCGCCCCACCUACAUGCCCAAGGAGGUCCCAUCUUGCCCAGCCUGGGAUGGCUGCCCUCCUGGCUUUGAGUACAGCUCCAUGGGUGCUGGAGGACACAGGCUGUACCGGACCAUCUCGAUACAGGAAACAGGGCUGAGUCAGCUGGCUGCAGCCACGAGCAAUAAGCCCUCUUACUCCCACAGCAGGAAGAGCUGCAGGGUCCCCAGACAAGCCAAGAGAGCGCCAUAGAGUCCCGACCACUGACCUGCACACACAAAGCUAGCUAGAGAAGUUUCUUAUUGUUCUAUUCAAAUAGAGCACCUUUGGUAUUUUUUAUAGUCACAUUAAAAAAACAGCAUAAUGCUAAUUGUGCAAUUGUUUUUUUAUACAAAAAAAUUCAUAAAAAUUCUUACUUGAACAUUA